GGAUCAUACUCGUGAACCUCCUCUGGACCCCCUCCAAUUUACAGUCAAGACCCUGCAUCAAGACUAGAGAGUGGAGAGGAAAGACAGCCGCCACAGAGGCGAGGGCGUUGAGAUCAGUGGUGAACCAUGAAUACCUCCACCAAAAUGCCAGCGGAAAUGUGUAAUUACACUGCAGACCUGCUGGAAAAAGGUAUCCUCCCUGUCAUGUACUCUCUCAUCAGUUUCACCGGAAUACUGGCCAAUGGCUGGAUUUUACUGAUGUUCCAACAGCAAUUCGUAAAGAAGAGCGGCGUGUGGUUCUACCUGAUGAACCUCUCGGUGGCAGAUUUGAUCAUUUGCCUGGUUCUACCUUUCAGAAUAGCCCUGCUGUUAAAGGGGGAUACCUGGAAAGAAAGUUCGGACGAAUGCAUCGCAGUGAUCACAAUCAUCAACCUCUGCUUUUACUGCACACUUGCCUGCCGGACUCUCUGCUUAAUUUUCAUCGGCUUUACCCGCUAUGCAGUAAUUGUGAAGUUCCACAACAAGAAAUUCAAUCUGUUGUACCGACUCCGUUUUGCCAAGUGUGCAUGUGCGGCUUUCUGGAUUGCGGGGACGUUGAUCGUGCUAAUCUGCUCCGUUUACACACUGAAGUCAAUGAGAGUGUCCCAAUCUUGGUGCUAUAGUGUCCAGGCAUACAACAAUUUGCAGCCUGACUUGGUUGCACUCAUUAUCACCUCAAUACUCUUUCUUAUAAUUUUAAUGCCACUUGUUUUCCUGUACAUUUUAGUUGUGAUCUACUUGUUCGAGGUGAGUAAAAACAGUACAGUGCAGCAAAGCCGUAAACUUUACAAGAAAACACAGCUGAGAAUUUGCGUUGCUGUAAGUACCUGUAUGGUGUGUGUACUCCCUUAUAUCAGCUAUCAGUUCAUUUCCAACAUUUACCGAAUGACACAUAAUGAAUGCCACGUGCUGGUAAAGAUGCAGAGGGCAAAACUGAUCCUGUUGUGGCUGGUUUCGUGUAACAGCUGCCUAGACCCCAUCGUGUACAUCAUCAUCCAGAAAUAUUUCUCAGGUGUCAGUUGGAACCUGGAUCCACAAACCACGGCGAGGUCUUUGGACAGGGAAACUGCAAGUAACACUCACUAGUGUGAUCUUUCUGUGCCCACUGGAGUCUGUAACCAGAGUGGUUAAACUUCAGCAGAGAGCAUGGAAACAUUUAAAAGGAACCUGUGAGGCAGCCUUCUCACAUUGAGAGUGGUGAGUACACGAAUUGCUGCCAGAGGAAGUGGUUAAGGCUGCUACAAUUACUAAAUUUGAAAGGCAUUUUGUGAUGUACAUGGAUAGGAAGGCUUCAAUGCAGGCAAGAGUAUGGGCAGCAAGCAAGCGUAGAUCUUUACAGCACUUCACUGACUGCUGCUGUCUAUAAGGAGUUUGCACGUUCUCCCUGUACGUGUCGGGUUUCCUCCCUCAUUCCAAAGACACGUGGCUUAGGGUCAGUGAGUUGUGGGCAUGCUACGUUGGGGUAGGAGGCGCAGGCAGUCCCCAGCACAUCCUCGGAUUGUGUUGGUUGUUGACAUUGGUACGAUGUACCGGUUAGCAGAUUAAUGGGUCAUUGUAAACUGUCCUGUGAUGAGGCUAGGGUUAAAUUGAUGGGUUGCAGGGCAGUGUAGCUCGUUGGUCAGAAGAGCCUGUUCUGUGCUGUAUCUCUAAACAAAAAAAAAACUUGUUAAUCGCUGCACCAUUAUAUCUGAUUGAUUGCUACAAGCCUUUCCUUUGGGGAGUGCAAGACCAGGGCAUGUUAAACUGAACUGGGGGCUCAGCAGGGUCAGUCAUGCCUUCAAAUGUAGCAGCCCUUGUAACGAUAGGCAACAUCCAAGCUGCCGGAGAAAUCAACGAAUCAGGAAGCAUAGAUGGUAACCAGUAAAUUGGUUUAUUGUUGUCACAUGUACAGAGGGACAGUAAAAGUCUUUGGUUUGCAUACAGACCACUUCAUUAUAACAGUGUAUCGAUUAGCAUAAUGCUCUUACAGCUCAGGGCAUCUAGUGUUGGGAGUUCAAUUCCGGCGUCCUCUGUGGGUGAGACCUUUCAUCAGGAUUCUGUCGACACUGCUCACUGCCUUGGUAAAGAGGCCAACACAGUCAAAGCCUCCACCCUGCCCGGGCACUCUCUUCUUCCAUUCCCCCACCACCAUCGGGCAGAAGAUGCAAAGGCCCUGAAAGCUGGAGCCACCAGGCUCAAGGCAGCCUCUGCCCUCCUGUUAUAAGACUAUUGAACGGUUCCCUACACAAUAAAAUUAACCCUUUGACUUCAUAAGUGCCCUCCUUAUGAUGCUGCAGCUGACUGCCUGCCUGCCUGCACUGCACUGCACUUUCUGUGGAGCUGUGUGCUACACUUUAUUCUGCACUGUUGUUGUUUUCCCUUCUGACCAUAAGCUAUGGGAGCGAAUCAGCCAUUCGGCCCCUCACAGCUGCUUGUUCAUUUGAGCGUGACUGAUUAUUUAUUUCUUUAGAGAUACGGUGUGGAACAAGCACUGGCCCAACAGUCAGCCCGCACAGCAACUCAGCUAACCACAGGACAAUUUACAAUGACCAGCCCACUCACCAGUACAUUUUUGGACUGUGGGAGGAAACACAAGCACCAGGAGGAAUCCCACACACACACGGGAAGAAUAUACUAGCUUUCUUACAGCAGAUACCAGAAUUGAACAGCCAACUUCUCAACACCCCGAGCUGUAAUAGUGUCUCACUAACGGCGACAAUACCGUGUACUGUACUGUAUUGUGGAGACUGUCUCCAGAGAGGCUGAAGCUUGCUGUGGAAAUCUAGAUGUCUUUGAAGAGUUUCAUUUAUAUCGCUUUUAUUGAACCAUGCUCAACAAUGCAGUCUGUAACAAAACAACAAGAAAUAAAAAGUUCA